GAUCAACAUAUACCCUAGCUGCUGGGAGACAGAUGAUCCAAAUUUCUGCAUUUUCAUUCCUGUGACCGGCCAGGCAACACAAGACCACGACGACCUAUUUCUCUACCUUCACUUUCCCUACAACACUGGAGCAACUAGUCCUCAUCAACAUAUGAUGACGUUCUUGAGUGUUAUAGACACUUGUGACAACUUUCCGCAAUGGGAUCCUCAAGCGCCCGAGAUCUGGGAAAAAGCGACGUCUGACCUCUGGCGAUUCAUGUUGCCGGGGGAUAACCGCACAUUUGGAUUUCUUACCCCCACCACUGUAUCUCGAAUGCCCUGGACGGCCGACUUCAAACUCCACCAUUCCUCAAGAACUGUACAGCUGGCCCCGGAGACCGGCACAGACGAUGUUGUCCAAUCCAGCACUGUGGCAGUGACGAAACUUUUGCAGGCAGCACAGGCGGCCAGCUCAUUCCCCAGACUAUAUAACUGGCCAGGAGAGAAGUACCCUGUGCUCGGAGCACCAUUCCCGUUUGCCGUGGACCGAGCUAUAGCACCCUGUUUCGGCAUUGUAACCACAGGCGCUCAACUAACCGUCUUCACUCGCGAUGACAACGGCUCGAUUGCUGGCAUUUGGAUUGCCAAGCGAGCAGCUGACAAGCCCAUGUUCCCAGGCAUGUUAGAUAAUGCGGUAGGCGGGGCGGUAAUGGACGGCGAGACACCCCGCGAAAGCCUGCUGCGUGAAGCGAUGGAAGAGAUCGGGAUUGAUGUGAAAGACGCUACGCCUGCAGGAGCAGUGUCUUGGUUCAACAUCAAAGAUGAAAAUCAUUUGGAGCCUGGAGUACAGUCCGUCUACGAUUUAGAACUCGAGGCUGGAACCUUACUACGCCCCGCGGAAACUGGAAUUGAAUGGCUCCGGCUGCUAAGCAUUGGCGAGGUUAUGGACGCACUGCGCCGCCAUGAGUUCAAGCCGAGCUGCGCGUGUGUCAUGGUUGACUUCUUCGUUCGACAUGGUAUAAUUACUGCCGAAACUGAUCGUGACUUUCCAGACAUUGUGUCGCGAUUGCACCGUAGGUUACCAUUCCCAACAAAGCUGCCUCCCCAGUGGUCCAUUUAGCCAAUGUCAAAUCAACAAUUCAGCAUCCAGGUUCUAUUGCACAUCUCUCCUGCUCGUUCAAGCCCAAUGGUGAAGUAGGGCCAUUGUUAGGCUGUUGAAACUCAUGAGCCUUUUCUAUGGUCACUUACAUCUAUAUACCUACCCAGCCGGCAGCUAGCCUACUGGAUAGAUCUUAGAGGUUCUAGACUAGGUCACGCCCAAUGUGAUAAUGAGGGACGGUAUCGCCAUCUAAGUACAGCACGUUAGGUAGGAGAGCUACAUGGGUAGUGUAGAUGAGAAUUUCCAGAAUCUAUUUCUGCAAAUUAUUCGCCAGCAGCAAUUUCACUUGGUUACCUGUAGAGUAGAGUACCCAUUGCUCGCAAUUUAAG